GUGGGAGUGUUUAACUAUUCAUUAACCAGCAUAUUAACAUUAACCAUUAGGUUCCAGUCAGUGUGAGCAGACAGAGAGAGCCGGUACCGGAGGAGGUACAUAAGACGCACCGGCGUCCACGCCUCAGCCUGAAGGAGCGCGUUACCAGACCAGAGACCAGAGACCAGGACCAGGACCAGGAGCAAGAGGAGGAGAGACAUCCAGACGCACCGAGACGAGCACCAGAUCAUCUCUGGAAGGUGACUGUCCACUCUGGUCCGAGAGGUACUUUUUCCGCAGGAGGUAAUUCAAUCUUUAUACUGCAGACCUUUAAAUAUCUCCCCUUGAAAACCUCCCCAGCAGCCACGUGGUGUAAGGUGAGACAGUCCCAGCCGGGUACACUCACCAGUCUGACACGAUCAGUGGACCGAGAGCAUGACCAGUCUGCGCUGCGAUCUGCCCGCUCCACACCUCUGAUUUCACUUUCUGAUGACUGAACUUUAACGGACAGUUUUACAAGUGACUUUGAGGGGAUUUCUGCCGGUUGUUUUCCUUUUCUCUGCUGUUUUGCACCAGCAUGCUCUCUUCUUUUUUUUGCCGGUCUACCCUGAGCACCUUGCAGUGAAUGGAGAACAUACUGGUUCUGCUCCCGAAGCACCGACAGGAACACGGGCUCUGCAGACGCACGGCUGCAUGUGCCUUGCCGCAGGUUUUUUCCUACAGAGCAGUUUUCUCCUGGUCUUUAGUAGCGACCCCAACUCCCUGUAAGCCUCUUUAAUGGGAUAAAUCAAUUGGACUGAUCAGGUUCAAAACCAGAUCAGGUGGCCAAUUCCAUUCUGACUUCCCCAAAACCCGUUUGGCCGAGACAACCUGACCUUUUCUCGUCGAGCCCACUGUCUUCCAAAGGCGUCCGCAUGGUACUUUGGUCGAAAGAACAAGACAAACUCCCUGACGUCGACAUGUCCUCCGGGGCAAUAGAGGUGAAGAAGGAGGAUGGCCCCCCGACGUCGGCCCUGCUCAACUCCAACUGCUCCGUGCCCCCGCUGAUCCUCACCAAGGGCCCAGAGGAGCUGGGCCCGGCGGCCGGGGACGCGCUGGAGCUCACCGAGGUCACAUCUUUCACGGAGAGGGCCGGCGAGACCGGGGAGGAUGAGGAGAGGACGGAGAUCGUGGUGGCGUUGGACUGCCGGGCCAACGCCAAAGGCCAGCGGGAGGAGGACGCUCUCCUGGAGAACGCGAGCCAGAGCAACGAGAGCGACGACACCAGCACCGACCGCAGCCCGGAACCACCGGUGCCCCUCAAGGAGACCUCCUUCUCCAUCGGCCUGCAGGUGGUCUUCCCCUUCCUGCUGGCCGGGUUCGGGACGGCGGCGGCUGGAAUGGUGCUAGACAUCGUCCAGCACUGGACGGUGUUCACGGAAGUGUCGGAGGUGUUCAUCCUGGUUCCGGCUCUGCUGGGACUCAAAGGCAACCUGGAGAUGACGCUGGCUUCCAGACUCUCCACCGCGGCUAACAUUGGUCAGAUGGACACGGCCAAGAACAUGUGGAAGAUGAUCAUGGGGAACUUGGCCCUCAUCCAGGUCCAGGCCACGGUGGUGGGCUUCCUGGCCUCCAUAGCUGCUGUGAUAUUCGGCUGGAUCCCAGAGGGGCACUUCAGGCUGGGCCACGCGGUGCUGCUGUGUGCCUCCAGCGUGGCUACUGCCUUCAUCGCCUCUCUGCUGCUAGGGCUCAUCAUGAUCGGCGUGAUCAUCGCGUCCAGGAAAGUCGGCAUCAACCCGGACAACGUGGCCACGCCCAUCGCCGCCAGCCUGGGAGACCUGAUCACGCUAUCCCUGCUGGCUGGCAUCUCCACCGGACUGUACAAGGAACUAGAGUUCAACGACUACGCCAACCCGCUGGUGUGUGCCGUGUUCGUGGCGUUGUGCCCCCUCUGGGUGCUGAUAGCCAGGAGGAUCCCGUCCACCAGAGAGCUGCUGUACUCCGGCUGGGAGCCCGUCAUCAUCGCCAUGGCCAUCAGCAGCGUCGGUGGUUUGAUCCUCGACAAGACCGUCACCAACCCCAACUUUGCUGGCAUGGCGGUCUUCACCCCGGUCAUCAACGGUGUGGGAGGUAACCUGGUUGCGGUUCAGGCCAGUCGUAUCUCCACCUACCUGCACAUGAACGGUCUGCCGUUGGGGGAUCCCAACCCCGUCCCCAGGAAGUGCCCCACGCCCUGCACCUCCUUCUUCGGCUCCUCUGUGAACUCCCGUUCAGCCCGUGUGCUCUUCCUCCUGGUCGCCCCAGGUCACCUCAUCUUCCUCUACACCAUCAACUCCCUGAGGGGGGGCCACACCACCCUGACAGCCUACUUCAUUACGUUCUACCUGGCUGCUGCACUACUACAGGUGAUAAUCCUGCUCUACCUGGCGGACUGGAUGGUGCACUGGAUGUGGGGCCGAGGCAUGGACCCCGACAACUUCUCCAUCCCCUACCUGACGGCUCUGGGUGACCUGCUUGGGACCGGCUUCCUCGCCCUCUGCUUCCACAUGCGCUGGUUCAUCGGGGACAGAGACGCUAACGCAGGCAACUGAAGGCACGCACACAGCGACACACGCACACAUACUCUACGCUCGCACGCACGCACGGACAGUGACGAACGUAGCGUUAUCUGACAGUGGACGCUGUCUACUAUAAAAGGGCUAAUCUCCUGUAGGGCUCUGAUUGGUGGUGUAGCACCUGUAGGGGCGGUAGCGUUUCAUCUUCAGGAUAUCAGGACACUGAUGCACCGGACACUCUCUGUGUUUCAACACCUCAACCAGUGAACAAAACUCCACUCCUCCUCCUCCUCCUCCUCCUAUACUUUACCUAAUAACUGAGUCCUACUACUUUUGCUAUUAUUGACAAUGAUUAUAAUUGUUGAUGAAUAAUAAUGCAUUUGAUAUGAAUCGAUAUGACAUGCAGGGCUGGUCCUCAUUAUUUUCAAUGGGGACGUUAGCCCUCCCGUUUUUAAACGUCAAGUUUUAACACUUGAAACCAAGACAGCAAAAAAAUAUAUAUAUAUCCAAACAAGCCUCGAAUGCUUAAUCACCAAGUGCUCUGUCAUAUUAUACAGAAUGAAUAUCAUAUGUGUCUCA